GUGACAUGCCGUUUUUCUUCACUUUUUGGUCGUUUAAAGUAUGAUUCGUACUAUGUAAUAUUUGCCGACCGUAGUCUUUGUUGACCUGGUUUUUUAUUUAAAACAGUGAGUGAUCUACCAAGUUUAAGUUGAAGAAGUUUUAGAAUGGCUGCUGCAGACUUCAGAAAGGAUGUUAUGCCGGUUCGCCCUAGAAGUGUAUAUACAGCACAUUCAUAUAACCAGGAGGAGUCGAAUGUAUCUGCGUUCCAAGACUACAGCAAGUUUCUUGAAGGUGGUCUUGGCCAAGCAGAAUUAGUUGGGGCGACAGCCUGGCAGCCCCCGUGGCGCGCGCCUUUACAGCGGAAAGCGCCUUUUUAUCCUGGAGAUGAUAUCUACCAUGCUGACACCUGGAGAGAACUGGAGGUUACGGAUGUGGUUGGAGGCGCCGGGUACAAUGCGUCUGUCACACCGCACGGCACUAUCUGUCUACGUCUGAGAGACCGCGUCAAGGUGGAUAUGACAAUCGAUGGCGCAGUGCGGGUGACAAAUGCAAAGAACAAUAUAAUAUUGGCUUUGUCCCGGUCCGGGGCUGCCGCGGCACUCAUACACCCCAACGGAAGAGUGUAUCAUUAUGGUUCCCGCGUCGAGAUCCAAGCGCGCCACCAACAAGGGAAUAAUAAGUACGCCAAGAUGUGGUACAAGGGAGUUUCAUUCACCGCGGAGCAGUGCGCGUUGGUAUACCUAGUUGAUGCGGCUGGAACACGAACUACAACGGAUACCUUCCUUGACAUGAGCCAAGACUUUACCCUCAACGUAUUUUAUAAUGAGUCUCGGCACGGCCCUUCUUAUGUGAACGAAGCGCUUUCUCUUCUUCAAGCCGCCCAAUACUGGUUGACGGAUGAUGGAAUUGACAAUUGGAUCAUCAACAAUGUUCGCGUCAGCCAGACCGCUGAUGGACUUGUCAGAAUCCAUCGCUGCAGCCACAAGUACCAGCUGCGAACGAGUCCCACUAACGGAUCAGCGUCAAUAACGAGCCCCUUUCUCCACUGCACAGCAUCAUUGGGCCAGACGCAGCAUUUGUUUGUGCGACGCGGCGAAAGGCGAAUGCAUUUUGAUGGGAACUCUUUUAUCGUUCGCAACGCUGGCCAUUCAGCCGGCUUCGAUGACAAGAAUCAACUGAAGGUGUACUGAACUCACUCUAAACUCAGCACAUAGUUAGCCAAUGUUGUACAAUUCAAUGUUUGACGGUAAACUAUGCGGGACAAGUCUUGUUAAAUUGCGGUGUAUUUUGUUCGUGCUUAUGGCAUAUAUUUUUUUGGAUAGAUUUUUAAACAUCGCCAGGUUCCAACUUUAUCAUAGUGCAUAAGAUUACAGUAUCGAUUUAAGUGUGAGAUCAUCUAUGCUGUCGUCCAGUUUUCCGGUUUUAUCUUUUUUAUUCUGCAAUAGUAAAAUGUAGCUAAACUGGCUACACAGUGAAAUGUUCGCAACACUUUUUUAUGUAUGUGUAUAUUUUUACAUCGGAUUUUUUUAGAAUUUUAUAAUUCAUUGAGUCGUUUAAAAAAAUAUAAAUGAUGCGGUUCCUUGAACAGAUAGAAAUAUAUUAACCAGGAUCAUUGAAUGAGAGAGAAACGGCGCAACGAAUACUGUAGCUUGUAUUUGUGUAAGUCUUGAUGUCUAACUAUUAGUAAAAUAUACCCCACCUACUAGUUUUACCAUAUUAUUUACAUUUACCGAUAGAAGUGAACCUGAUGGGAAAUAAUGUAACGGCUAUAAGUGACGCAAGAACUUGGCGAUAUUAUUAGUUUGUUUUAAUGUAGAGGCUUGUCUUGUGGAUGUCUGCUAAACUUCAAGUGUGGGUAUGCAACGCCAUAUAUUUAAAUAAACAA